CUGCCCCCUGAUGUCCCCUGCUGUCCCCAGCCCGCUGUCGCUUUGCCCUGGGCAUGCAGGACGGUUCCAUCCCUGACAGCCACCUCUCAGCCUCCAGCUCCUGGUCCGACUCCACCGCUGCUCAGCACGGCCGGUUAGGUCGCAAUGACGGGGACGGCGCUUGGUGUCCCGCCGGCCCGGUGUUCCCGGAUGAAGAGGAAUUCCUGCAGGUGGACCUGGGUCACCUGCACUUGGUGACAUUGGUGGGGACACAGGGACGACACGCCGGUGGCCACGGCAAGGAGUUUGCCCAAACCUACCGCCUCCGUUACAGCCGCGACCGGAACCGCUGGCUGCCAUGGAGGGACCGAUGGGGCACCGAGGUGACAAUGAGGGGACGUGGGGACAACACGGGGACCUUGGGGACACUGUGCUGAGGGUCUCCGCGGGUG